AUGGAUAAGGCAGACUUCAUUCAGAAAGCCAAUGCCCUACUGGAGGACCGACAGGGGUACCUACCAUGUAACGAUGAACCGAUAAUGAGGCUGGUGACGCAACUGGACAAGACACUCGCCGACAUGCAAACGAGCAAGGCAAUAAGUAAAUCGGUACGACUGGCCAUUAAGCCAGUAGACGCGGCCGCGCCAAGGUUCUACGGACUACCAAAGGUACACAAAGCCGGGGUCCCCCUCCGGCCAAUCGUAUCAUUGCGCGGCGCACCUAAAUUCAAUUUGGCCAAAUGGCUGUUCCGAAACCUGAGGUCUCUCACCUCGGACGCGGGUACGACGGUCUGUUCAGCGACUCAGUUCCUGGAGCGGAUCAAAGGGAUGAGACUUACCGAAGACGAGGUCAUGGUGUCAUUAGACGUCAUCUCUCUUUUCACCUCGAUCCCGCAAGACCUGGCAAUCGAAACGGUCAGCGAGCUGCUCGAGAUUCAGUACAACGAGACGGACGUGACGGUAAAAAGGAGACAUCUCGUCCAAUUGCUGAGAUUCUGCCUGAAGACGUACUCUACCUUUGAAGGCACGACCUACGAGCAGGUCAAGGGGACGCCAAUGGGAUCGCCGCUCUCGGGCUUCAUCGCGGAGGCAGUUCUCCAAAAAGUAGAGACCCUCGUUUUCUCAACAUAUAAGCCCAAAUUUUGGGCUCAAUAUGUCGACGAUACCUUCGUUAUCAUUAAGCGGCAAAUGGUCACUGAAUUCCAUGAUGUCCUGAACUCUGUUUUCCCUGACAUCCAGUUCACAAUGGAGGCGGAAGCCAACAAUCAACUGCCGUUCCUGGACGUUCUCGUCCAUCGAAAACCCAAUGGGCACCUUAAAACGACGAUAUAUAGGAAGGCCACUAAUACGCGCCAAAUCCUGAGCUUCCACAGUAAGCACCCGUUAGGCCACAAACGCAGUUGUGUGCGAACACUCUACAGAAGGGCAGAAACACACUGCAGCGAGCCGGACGACAGAAGGUCAGAACUACGUUACCUCCAGCGCCUCUUCAUGGCCAACGGGUAUCCUCGCAACUUCAUCGAACGCGGCAGACAGGCCGGACCGAGCCGACGUUUGGUGACAGAACGACCAACAAUAUGGCGAGCGCUUCCAUACAUCGACGGCGUUUCUGAGGCCGUCUCGCGUCUCUUAAGACCGCAGGGGAUCCGCAUCGCCCACCGACCGGAGUCAACAAUUCGACAUCUGGUCAUGAGACCUAAGGCCCCUCUACAACUAGGUGAAACCACGAGCGUCAUCUACUGGAUCCGGCUACAGACCCGUGUUGGAGAACACAUGAGGGCAGUAAGGCGAAUGGACACUUUAUCUCUGGUGGCCGAACACUGCGCCGAUGCCGGACACACGUUCGCCUUUCAGCAUGCCGAAAUUAUGGGCCGGGGAAACGAUCGCAUAGCCAGGUAA